AAAUUGUCAUGGUGGCGCGUGUAAUUUAGACGUGGCCCCGUCGCAUCGUUGUCGGCCGAGUUGCACGCGAUUUCCUUGCGCAUUGUUAUAAUUCGCGCGCGCCACCGCACCGGGGGGCCACUCUCGUGCACCGCGGAUCGGACCCGUUACGUUUUCGUUGUACACGUCCCGCACACGAGUCUCCGCCAUGUUCGGCGUUUUCCUGCUGCUGUCUGUAGCCGCGAACAUCCGCAGUUUUUGCAACGGUCAAACGGUCCCUGCGACUAGCACUGAUGGCAGUGGUAUCGCGAUUCUGUUGACGUCUCAGGUCGGCGGGUACGUGGUGUUCGAGUGUCCGGUUGUCCCGCAGUCCCCGCAGGCAGACGCCGGCAUUCGUCCUGUCGUCGUACGGUGGACCAAAGACGGACAAACGGUGUUCACGAGUUCAAAUGGUGCGUUGACCACCGACGAACGAUAUGAUGGGCGGACCAGUAUCGUAGAAUCCUCCGAGUUCAGUGGCAUCGUAGCGACCGCCGUCAACGUUUCUAGUCUUCGGGAAUCGGACACGGGCGACUACGAGUGUCAUGUGACGUAUAGCGUCGGAAUCAUCCCACAACCGUCGACCCCAUCUCUUUUGCCGUCCAAAUCGUCACCUCGGUCGAGCACUGCACCCUCGACAUUGACCGUCUACGGUCCAGGUACUCCUAGUGAAGGUGUGCGGUUUAGACUCAACGUACAAGGUGGAGACGUGAUGAGCAUACCGCCGAUCAACCAAACUCGGAUGGAACACGAGUCCGUCCAUUUCAGUUGCGUGAAAGAAGACCCCGAGUCUACUGUCCAGUGGUACAAGGAUGGCGUGCCGCUGGACGACUUGCCAUCGCUGAACGGCAGAUUCCACGUGACCCCGGAGGGAUCGUUGGACGUUUACGACGCGGCGUUCAAGGACAACGGAUUUUAUUCAUGCCGCAUAGUUUCGGCCAAGGGUACCUUAUCCGCAGGCGCUUUUCUCAACGUCCAGUAUAAAGCGAAGAUCGUCUACUCGCCCGCCGAGGUAUUCCUGGCUUUCGGCAAACCCGGUACGUUGGACUGUCAUUUCCACGCUAACCCGCCGCUGACGAAGAUUCGAUGGGAAAAGGACGGGUUUCUGUUCGACACGUACAACGUACCCGAAGUGUACCACAAGUUGAACGGAUCCCUAUACUUUAACAGGGUGAGAAAAGAACACGGUGGCAAGUACACGUGCACUCCGUUCAACGAUCUGGGAACCGAAGGGCCUUCGACGCCGAUGGACGUGAUCGUGCAACAUCCUCCGAAAUUAAUAACUGUACCGAAAGUGGUAUACUUCCGUAACCUUGGCGACAAUGUCACGAUGCCAUGCGAAGCGGAGCGUUUUGAUAACAAAGACCCGGCAAUCGUUUGGCAAAAAGCAGAUGGCGGUAGUUUGUUCAAUCCUCGAGUGACGGUCACGGGCGGCAACCUCACAUUGACUGACGUAAGAAGUGAAGACCGAGGUGUUUAUAGGUGUGUGGCGUCCAAUAUCGCAGCCACCAUUUCGGUCGAAACGGAACUGAUUGUCGAGGAAAACUUGUUCCAUCGAAAACAUUUCGACGUACACGUGAACUCGACCGACAAGAACAUCGUGGCUUAUUGGAAACGACCGUAUUCAUUGUGCACCGUGUGGAGCAGGGACAUGAGUUCAGUAACUUCUAAUUGGAAUGCAACAACGACGUCCAGCGAAGGAAAAGCGAUUUUGUGGAACCUUGACGCAGACGGAGAGUACGAGAUAAUGGUGUCGUGCCGGGACGAGACGAGCGGCGAGUCCUUGUUCAGCAGAUCUAUUCUAACGCGUCCCAAAGAAUCCAUUAGAUCCAGCCAGGAUUCACGCAAAGGUGGUAUAGCGUCAGCGGACUAUGGUCCUUUAGAAGUUCGAGUCCAAAGUUCCGGGACCGGUUACAACGUGUCGUGGACAAUAGGAAAUCACAGCAGCGAAAAGCGCGUCAAACGGUACGUGGUGAAAUGGUACGACGCGGUCGACGGUAAAGAGCUCGGGUCAGCAUCCACAGCAGCCAAUGAUCGUCACAUAGUCAUCGAGCUGGCCGGCGGCAAGACCUACGGGAUCCGAGUGACAGCCACUACGGCGGACGGCCGACACACGCCCGUCGGCAGCAGUUCGUUCCAAACACCGGCGGCCGCGGUGGCCGCCUCCGCACCGUCGACGGCGUUCACCAAGUAUUACUACAUGGCACUGUUCGGCUUGAUGGUCGCGGGCUUCGUUAUGCUGUGUUGCAGUUGCCGCGGCGACGGCAGAUGAAGAGGCAUCGCGCCGGACACGACCUCGGUACGCAACAUGUCGAUGUACCGGUACCGCGGGUAUUGUAAAUAUAAAAUGUUAUCUCUCUGGUUCUCGCAACGUAUACAGCCGUUUAUAUAGCAUCAUCGGGCUGGUCGUUGCGGUACCGUACGGUAAAUUCGUCUACGCUCCAAUCGAUGUGAUCAUGCUUUAAGGCGGCGUUUCCCGGCAUUGGGUCGAUACAAAUUUUUUACGGUUUCGUAAGCUAAUGUCAAGAAAAUAUCUUAGUUAUCAAACCUUUAUUUACUUUCUCUAGAAUUCAGUCAUGCCGUGUUGGGUUGAGGUAGGUAUAUGAUAACAUUUCUUGUAAUAAAAUGAUUAUUAAUGCUAUUGGGUUACAGCGUACUGGAUUUUUUUUUUCUUAACAACACUGAAAAAAUUUAUAGGCCGCCUUAACAUAAAGGUUGGGAAACACUGCCUUGAGGUACACCAAUGCGCAGUCCGUUCCUUCGUCACAUUUUACAUCACCCAUGUCACAACCAAUAUUACUUAAGUUAUAUACGUCAAACGCCGACUAAGAUCCACUCUUCUCUAUUUAACUCGUGUUGUAGUCAAUAUUGUAAUCGUGUGUUUAUCAAUUUAUUUUUAUCUCUUUGGUUUUGUCAAUAUCACUUGUCAUCUUAUUUCAUAUAUUUUGCUAAAGAUUCGUUCGAUUAUAAAAAUAAAAUAAAAAACAUAUCCGUUAUAA